AUGGAGGUGUGGCGAUCAGUUCUUGACAGAUUAGAGGAAUACCGGGUAGGACCUUCGAAUAGAUUUUGGCAAGUAUGAAAUAGAUUCGAAAAGGAUUAAUCUCCGUACUUUGGCUUGUGGCAAAACUUCUGCUUCUCAAUGUCUUUGUAAAUGAUGGAAUGCGCUCAAUUGGGUACCUUAUGUCUACAAAAGAUCCAAUAAGCAGCGCGCAUAAUUUCGCUAUCCUGGUUUAUACAGUGCUCUGCUUCGGAGGCUCUUUGUUGGUGCUUUUUCCAAAAUUCACACUGUUUGGAUCGUUCCUCCUAAUGCUCAAUCUGACUGCCCAGGUAUGUGCGUUUUUAUGCGAUCGUUCCGAUGUAUGCAUGUGGCUAAUACUAUCUACCUCGUCUGAUGCCAGCACUUUGACGAAGGGUGUUGAUUUCACUUACAUAGUGAAUUAAUAAGUGGAGUUUAGUCGUCCUUCUAACUACCUAAAAUGGAUGAACUUGCUAUCACAUUUAAUACAGUGGGUGAAGCCAACUGAACUGGAGAAUUCAAAGCCAUCGAAACCUUGCCUUCUACUGGGUCGUAUCAACAUCGUAUCGGGAACCUGAACUGAUUCUGAUGACCCGUUUAAUUUGAAGUACAAUCCUUUGUGAUUGUCACACCCGGUGGAACUCAUGAAAUGACAACAAAGUCUUCAGAUAAAACUUCAUUUGGGAACGGGGGAAGGUGGUAAGAUUGGGACGCCCUCAGGUAGUACAGGUGGCCUUGUGCUAAAUUCCACGGGGGGUUACCAUUACUGUGUCCUACCUCUAACCCAAUAACCGACCUAAACCCAAGGCCUAACCCUAAUCCCAAAACUUAACCCUAAAUCUAAUCGCCCUGGAAAUUAGCUCAAGGCCACCUGUGACGAUGGGGUGGGGGGGAAGCUUCCAACUGCCGUGGCCUAUAGAGGAGGGUGCAGAACUGCUCGACAUGAAACAGAAUCUCCGGUUACGAUGGCAUGCCGUCUUCCAGUUGGUAACUUUUACAGUCACAUGAGAAGAAACCACCACCUAAACUACUUGGAUCUUUCUUGCCAAUUGCCGAUAUUUCUUGCAAAUUCCAUUAAAUUUAUAGACGGUCAACUCAAAAUCUCAUCGUGAAUGCUAGAACUAGGGAAAAUUAAAUCUUCAUUUUCGUUUUUAAACUGACGAACGUAAAACAGUGGUUGUAAGAUAUUUUUAAUAAUGAAAAGUCCUCAGCCCGUCCCACAGGUUAAUCUACUUGUAAAUUGUACAGCUUGUUUAGCAAUUAUUACGACCUAAUGAGUGCCUUUAACAUGGCGGGAUCUUUGGACUGUCUUAAAGUUGUGAAAAUUCCCACUGAGCAAUUCAGGAGACAUGUAUACAGUUAGCCUCUCGCACGCUCCGCGUCCACCCUGGGCAAGGAUCGAUUAACUGUAUGCAUGUCUCCGCGCCCCGUCCCCUCUCCCUCCUCCCCCUUUUCGCACGGCUCUGCCUAACCCUCACUGUCACCUUCUUCCGCCCCUCUCUUCCCUCCCCUCUAUUCACACACCCUGUUUGUAUGAAAAGACGAACCUUAAUCGAUUGCUCCUAUCGCCCACGGGUUUUACUUCGUACUUCGUCCCCAUCUAAGUGUACUGGCCCGAUGAUAAUUUAUCGAAAGCACGCGUUUGCUCGCCAAAUGCUCUUCUGUAUUACGACCUGGUUACGGCAGGGAUCAUGCCCCUCCUUUUUUAGAAUUCGGGUUAGAGCCCUCUAAUUGGAGCAGCGGGUUAUGCACGUCUGGGGUUCGGAUGUGGCUGGUUAAAAGUGACAAAGAAACCAGAAGCGGGCAUUCCGUUCUCCGUAGUCUUUGUCGGCAGUUAGAUCGAGCAACAGGAGACCCCUUCAAGGAGACGUGAAUAGAUAUCGGAAUUUCAUUCAUAGAAGGUAUGCCAUGCAGCAUGAGAAGUUUGGGAAGAAGUAAUUGUUCAGUUUGUUUUUCGAAAUAUCAAUGGAAGAUCGCUUUUAAAAUAUACUUGGUUAUUUCAUUCAAGUCGGAGUGUUUAUGACGAUCUGAUUCCCCACCAAAUGAAUACAAACAUCGAAUUUUUGUACGUUCCCGGGGAAUUAUAUUUUGGCUUAUUCAGUUGAACGACAGAAUCCAUCUAGGAGUGAUUUUUCCGAAUGUGCUCCCCGCACACGACUGGAAGAAUCCUCUGUCAGAUGCCAAAAUGCCGACGUGGAUGAAAUCAUUUGAAAGACCAGUUCAGACUUUGCAGCGUUGCAACCACACCGGACCAAACCUCUCUAUCCGAAAAUAUAGGUUGUAUGUGUGCUACAUAUAAAGGAAAGAGCGUGGUCGUUCAUACGCCAGAAAAGAUGCCCUUUGCAGGUGGAUUUCGUUUUUAUCACACACACUUCGUCGACAAGAAAAUGUACCGAUGACAAAGUGCAGUUAUUUUCAGCGUACUAUUUACAUAUUAAUGCUUGACUGUUUUGAGACGUGGACACCCAGACCCUCUCCCCCAAACCCCAGCUACAGACUUACUUCUGCUUGCCCGCAUUUUCCUUUAAACCAUUUCGAUAGCAAUAUAAAUGUAUAGGCCUGAUGAGAAUUUAUCGAAGGCUUACGUCUGCUCGCCAAAUUAUCUUUUCGAAUGAAUUGGAUUAUUAACGCAUUUUGGGCGUUGCGGUCGUCUGCCGGGUAUUUACGAGGUAAACGUGACGAAAAUGCAAAACACUGAAUGGGAAAGUUAUAUGCGCAGUAUUAAUAGUAUUACUGCUUGUAAAAUACAGGCAGCUUCAGUUAUUUCUGAUGUACCCAUCCCUGCUUCAUACGGCCCUUUCCGUAAAAACGGUCGAAGCGAAAAGCUAUUUCAUCGAUUGACAUGUUGUUAUUUCCAUUGCAGCAUGUGCCCAUGCAUUUCUUGCUUAUCCGGCAUUUUGCAUCCCUUCAUUCAUUUAGCACAACCCAAGGAAGGUAAAACGAGCAGCCAAUUACCCAUAUAUUACAUAGUACUUCUAAUGGAGUUUGUUGAAACCUAAAAUUAUGCUAAGAAACGCCUUUCCUUGAAGGAGGUUUAGAGCCCAAACGUUGCAAAUACUAUCUUCAGUUUAUUGGCAGGAUCAAAUGUUGGUCUUGUCAGCCAAGCAUGCACCUCCUUGAAAGUACGAUGGAACGUCGGCGGAAGUUCAGAAGGACUACUUGGAAGGCGGUGGAAAAGUAGUCUCCAUGGGUUCUUCACCUCGUACUGACUUUGUUUGCACCGGCAUGUUGAGGGCGCAUUUUUAGAUUUCAGUAGGGCCUUUUCAGGGAUGUGAUAUAGAUAAUUACUUAAGCAUGGUACCUUGUUUCCCUUAACAAUCAUAGGAAGAAGAAGAUUUUGCGCUUGCCGGACGGCAUAAUCUUACGAAACUGGAGUGGAAAUCACCCGUUUGGCAUGACUGAAAUGUGGAAUACGAGCGAUUCCGCUUUUCCUUAUAGACGGUCGCGUAACGAAGAGCGGGCAGUAAUUGCGAAAUGUAGUGAAGAGAAAUUCCUGGCGGAUCAGAACGAUUAUUUUUAUCAAGUUUGUCAUCGUCCUUUGGACGUACCGCUGCCCGCGACGACCAGAGCGUGAGCCUGCGACUCAAGUGGGGUUGCGUUGAGCUCAAUGCGUAACUUGACCUAAUCGUGGGGCAUGUUCUGCCGACGACCACAACUAAGUUCCGGUACCACUACUUAUCGGUGAUCACAUUGAUUAACAAAUAUGCCGUCUCAUAAACAAACGUUUUUCAAGCCUGCCAGUAAGCGCGCGUACAGAGUUGCGAGGUGUCAAAUCUGUAAACGCGGAAACAGUACUGAUCGGGGAGGUUAGCAAGAAGAGUGGACCGGCGAGAAGGCAAAGCAGCGAUAUGACAGACUGGUUGCGCUAACAGAGCCAUUCUGAUUUUAGGUAACGCUGACCGUUGUGCAACCCAGGCACCCCACAUCCUGCCAUUUAGGAGCCACUACACUGUGUGCAACCUUUGUACUUCUUUAAACAACUUGUAGCUAACAGGACAACAAGAGUCCGAACGCCAGUCAUUGGGGAUUAGAAAGGGCCACGACUCAUUUUCUGAAGUAACUAACUUCAUCAGACAGGCCCUACGUCCAGGUGGUAUACAAAAGAUGGAUGUGCUGUGACCAGCGUCGUUGGGACCGAAAUUUUACAGAUUAAAUUAGUUUGGUGCGGACGCCCCAUGCGUGCCGCAACUAGGUCCUGGGUGAAAUUUCGAAUUUUUUACGGUCGUAUUCAUCAACAGUCAAGCAGCAGUGUUUGUCUGGACUCGCCGACCGAUCGAUGCUGCUCAUUCAUCACAAGUAAGUGGUUUUGUGGUGAGCACCACUUAACUAUACAUGACUACAUUAACGGUAAAGGCCUUCCACGGGCGAGCUCUGUUCAUAACUAAUUUUACUUCAGUCUGACUGGCGAAAGAGCCACUGGUCACCUAAAUCUCAUGCCAGCUUUCGAAGGUCAUAAUUUCCCCUGUCUAACACCACGGCAACCUACGCAAGCUUCUUGCACGGAAUCCCUCGGUAGCGUGCUAACUGAUUUUGGGAACAGCAAACCUAGGGGAUGUCUUCCGGAGCCAGCAUAUUAAAAGUCGUUGAGGAGAGAAGGAUACUCUUAUGGUUUCGGAACGUACAAUUUGUCAUACGUCCUAUCUGACUUUAACUAACCUUCAUAACGUGAAUCAACUUAUAUGGCAUAAUAAGAAAAAAUCCGCCCUAGUUGACUGCAAAUAAAGAUGCUGUUCGUGAAGAGGUUAAAGAUAAUUCAUUGAUUUGACUUGAAUAGCUAACCGUGUUAUUUAAUGCUUUCUGCAACACACAUAUCCACGCCUCCAGUACAUUUACCACCUACUGACUGAGGCCUCAUGGAAUCCAGGCUACGAAGCCGUCAGUAUUCUCGGUUGCAUUUUGAUGAUCGCAAGCGCAGAGAUUCAGAGACUCUUCGAAAGCAGUGAGAAGAGGGCUGGACCCAUUCUUUGCGAGGGACUGGGCUGCGGCCUACCAGGUCUGUACUCCAAACAGGGCAUGCUUGCUUUGGCGCAAGUUCUUGCGAGGGUGGGCUUCUGCGUCAUCAGCCUUGGCCACGCCUACGUGAGCUACGUGCGAACGGGUGGUUUGUUAAUGGUGAGUUUUGUUGGUUUUUAAAAAAUAUUUUCUUGGUUGGCACACCAUCUGUUUUUGACACUGUCAAAUCAAUCAGCAUUUGAAUCCUGCCGCCACUACAGUUAUGCGGUCCUCAUAAUUGAUAUUUCUUUCCCUUGAAGAUUACCCAAGCUGCAUGUCACACAUGGGCCUUUGCAAAAACUCAUUAAGUCUGUGCAGCGUUAAUUCAAAAUGUUCAGAUUUUAUUUGGUUGCUUUUUUGCAAAUUACGAGAAGAAACCUUGCAAUAUGAAUGCAAUGUAACGCUGUAGCACCAGAAGAACUUAUUUAAUUUCUAACAGAUGCCUCCACGAUUUUUAAAAUUUUUGAUUUCUCACAGAUAGAGGGUUUCCUAUAGCCUUAGCUUAUACUCUAACACAGUGCUCGAAACAGAGCGAAAGUAUGUAUUAUCCAUGAACAUAAGGGCAAAGCAUAUGGAUCUUGGACAUAGCCGAUUAUAUCGUUGCGGAGAGACAAUUUUUUCCAGUGUAUCCGAGAUGCUGAGCGCUAGUGGUCAGUUAUGGGGGGACAUUGUGGCCCGCUUUUACAGUCCUUUAUGUCGUCCUGAAUUCAGUAAUUUCUAUUGGACAUGCCUUAACGAUUGACUGCCGUAGGACGAGUACCUGGCUGACGUGGAACACGAGUUUGACUGUAAUUGUUUCGAGUUUAAACUUUCCAGUAGACGUUUAACGCAUUUUCAUUAGUGACAUGAGAGCGCGUGUUCCCCGAUAUCUCCUGUUUGCAGAACGGAGUACGAGUAAUAAAUAACAAUAAUAAAUUGUUUUAUUUGCAUCACAGCAAGUAAAAGUAAAUUUUAAUAUGAAUUUUAGAACAGAUAGGCAGAAUCUGUAAUCCUGUUUUGUUUGCAAAGACCCUAAAGUAGAAUUCAAAGGCCAAAGGAAAGCCCCAUAUUUCCUCCUAUCGUCAGGGUAGUUUGGUGAAUGUCACGUCAGUGGGAAUUUGAAUGUCCUCGAGUCCUGAAGACAGGAGGUGACCCCCGGCUUAAAUGUCGGGUCAUUAAACUCAGAAACAAAUAAAACCAACAGAAGUUCCAGGUCUUCUCGAGCAAGAAGACGGAAACCUUUACUGUCGGUGACUCUUUCCAGUUUUUGUUAUCGUAGAGGGUGUCUAAUUUUAAUGCAACGUUGUUCAAUUGAGGACCGAAAUGGGUAUACAACCCUCUCCUCCCUCCCCACCUCCCCAGUACUCUGGCGCGGACUCACCCCUAAUACGGGAAUGGCGGUAAAAGGGGUCUAAGGAGUGUGGCCUCUCAAGGGAGUGGACACUGCUGUUGAAAUUACGUAGCAAGCCAGGGCAUAAUAUUUACGUCGUUUGCUUGUUCCAAUGUAUUAAGCUACUUUAAAUUCAAUCGCGCGCAGUACAAUUAGCAGCCGAGAGGAGAUCGUGCAAUCUCACAAAGGGAAAUACUACACGUCUAGUUCCGGGAAAAGACCAGGUAUCUGAUCUAGAAACAGAAAGGUCGAUGGGCUUUCGGUAAGUAUACCACGGUCCCACCUGUAAAAACCCUUUUAACAUCAUUCAUCAUUUACCAUCUUACGCCAAGGAGCUGGGGGUACAUAUUCAUGUCCUACUGUUAUUGAGGAAUUGAUAACGUCUUUCUGGCUACUUACUUCAAUUCCUAAGCUCAAUUGUUUGUUGCCUGUGUACCAAGGGUUGUUAUGCCCACCUUCUGGUGCUUUCUGGCAAAGUUAGUUUUCCUAUUUGACCCAGUAACAAUUCGAUCUGAGACAUUUAAAAUAUGAAUAAGUUUAAAUAUUUAGUUUUGGUGCCCUUUUUAAGUGCUGAACUCAUGAAGCAAAAUACUGCACGGUAUUUCAAAUAGAGAAAACUACAGGUACCUUUUCACUCCUGUACUAUUUUGGGUGUAUCAUUAAGUCGGUUAGAAGCCUCCUCGGUUAAUAGAAAGCAGUGCCUAUUUGAAAAAUGUUUAUGUCAAGCUUCGAGCUGAAUGGUUCCUGACUCCCUGCCCAAAUAUUUGUCAUCGAGCAUUCGCGUGACGUCAUCAGAGUUUCGACCGCAGUUCACCCAGAGAAAUACCGAUUAGGUCGUCUCACCAGCGGUUACUUACGACGUUUUUGGCCCCUCCGCUGUUGUUUCCAAUCUGCCGUUGUUCGAGUUCAUUCACAUCGGCUAAGCGAAUGUUACCGCCGUGGAAGACAGUCACGGGCGUGACAGCUACGGCGACCACCCUGGUUUUAACACGAGCUCUACUCCCGGUGACCUAGGUUAACGACCUGGCUACUAGACCGGCGUUCGCCGUUAGCGUUAAGCGCACGCAUGCCUACGUGCACCAGUCGGCAGGUGAUCUUUGGGCUUAUGUACUUUAUUUAUGGGUCAGAGACCUGUGAAACAAACUAUAUAUACAUAUAUUCCCCGAAUUGCUGAACGUACAUCUCAAGGUCUCGGUCUGCGUGUCAGUGUCACACUCCUGCUGUACUUCUUUACAAAGGUAGCUGAACUGAUCGGACGAGAACCGGUGCUUUCUACGUGGUAUGGUCGCUGGUAUGUGGCCUUUAUGGCAAUCCCAUCACAGUGUGGGAUCCGAGCCAGGCGUUGGCGGCACGCCCAGGUGCGGCUUCGGCCGUGCCAGCCUCCAAAUCUCUCUUGUGUUGAUUGAAAUCCUGGUUAUUUGUUGUGUGGACCAGGGGGUGUGGUGGAACGCCAAGGUGAGGAUCCGUCCGAGCCAUCCACCUGGGGCCUCUCUCGUCUCCGGUCUUCUUGACUCUGUCUUGACACCUGGCUUGGGCGAGGGAGGAGGAGAGAGUGUAGGUAGAUGCUACGCAAGUCUACCGGCACUAUAAACCCCUUCGUAAGUCACCGUCCCUGCUCCCAUUGCUGCUGCAACUGUGGGGCACACGGUGGACAUCAUCGAAACCGAUGGUCGAACUGUCAGCUGAACUGAUCGGGAUCCAUUGCUCCCUGCUGUGCUCAUUCCAUGCAUUUUUGAUCAUUUACACGUCAGCAAGAAAAACGUAGAUUUGCAUUCACGUUAACCUCAGUUGUCGAAAUCGGACGCAUCUUUCACACACAAUGCUGAGCAAACUAUCGUCACGUCAAAAAACGAAGGCUGUUGUGCAGUCUUGAGUGUUAAUUAGUUUACUACUCUCAUUUAUGCCGCCCUGUCACUUCUCCGAAUUAGCUUAUGACAGCUGGAGGGAGGGGAGGGGGGGGGGAGGGAAUUUUCGCGUUUUUUAAACUGCGAUGUAACCACCCCCGUGAGCUGCAUGAAGUAAUGCUGGAGGAUUCUUUUUCGCUGUUUCACCCUCCUCUUCUUUGCUCCGAUUUCAGGCCUUUUUCAAUACAAUCGUCAUCAUACCGCUUCUCAUUGGUUUCUACACUCGCCUCGCUGCCAUCCUUAUGGCUGCGGUAUUGUGGAUAGGUUUUUACGUCAAUUGUUUCAGCCUGCUGAGCAUGGAGAAACUGUUCGCCGAGGACUACGUGUGGUUCAAAUUUGCUCAAACAACCAGCAUAACUGGCGGCCUUCUGAUACUAAUUCUCCAAGGUCCGGGUUCCUAUAGUGUGGAUGCAGCUCGUCAUAAAGAUGAUUAA